UUGGUUAGUCUUUCGCCUUUCAAGUACAGGAUCCUUUUUGUCCCCUGCUGCGUGCGGUGUCAAUUUCCGAGCGGAAGUGGCGGUAGACUGAGAGAAGAAGAUGGCGGCCCCUGCAGUCUUGCCGCCUGGUGCGGUGACAAGUCGGGCUAACAAACGAAGCGGCAGUGCACCGGGAAGCGGCGGCGGGGGCGGCGGUGGAGCAUCCAGAGGGGCGGAAGAGGAACCGCCGCCGCCCCUACAAGCAGUGCUGGUGGCUGAUAGCUUCAACCGCCGCUUCUUCCCCAUCUCCAAGGACCAACCUCGGGUCCUCUUGCCCCUAGCCAAUGUGGCACUAAUUGACUACACUCUGGAAUUUCUGACUGCCACAGGUGUACAGGAAACCUUUGUCUUUUGUUGCUGGAAGGCUGCUCAAAUCAAAGAACAUUUACAGAAGUCCAAAUGGUGCCGUCCUACAUCCCUCAAUGUGGUACGAAUCAUCACAUCAGAACUCUAUCGAUCACUGGGGGAUGUCCUUCGUGAUGUUGAUGCCAAGGCCUUGGUGCGCUCUGACUUCCUUCUGGUGUAUGGGGAUGUCAUUUCAAACAUCAAUAUAACCAAAGCACUGGAGGAACACAGAUUGAGGCGGAAGCUAGAAAAAAAUGUAUCUGUGAUGACAAUGAUCUUCAAGGAGUCAUCCCCCAGCCACCCAACUCGUUGCCAUGAGGACAAUGUGGUAGUGGCUGUAGAUAGUGCCACAAACCGGGUUCUCCAUUUCCAAAAGACCCAAGGCCUUCGACGCUUUUCUUUUCCUCUGAGCUUGUUCCAGGGCAGUGGAGAUGGAGUGGAGAUUCGCUAUGACUUACUAGAUUGUCACAUCAGCAUCUGUUCUCCGCAGGUGGCUGAGCUCUUUACAGACAACUUUGACUACCAAACUCGAGAUGACUUUGUGAGAGGCCUGUUAGUGAAUGAAGAGAUCCUAGGGAACCAGGUCCACAUGCAUGUAACAACUAAGGAGUAUGGUGCCCGAGUCUCCAAUCUACAUAUGUAUGCUGCGGUCUGUGCUGACGUCAUUCGCCGAUGGGUCUACCCGCUCACACCAGAGGCAAACUUCACUGACCACACAAACCAAAGCUGCACUCAUUCCCGGCAUAACAUCUACCGAGGGCCUGAGGUCAGCCUGGGCCAUGGCAGCAUUCUGGAGGAAAAUGUACUCCUGGGCUCUGGCACUGUCAUUGGCAGUAAUUGCUCCAUCACCAACAGUGUCAUCGGCCCUGACUGCUGCAUUGGUGAUAAUGUGGUGCUGAACCAGGCCUACCUGUGGCGGGGAGUCCGAGUGGCUACAGGAGCACAGAUUCAUCAGUCUCUGCUCUGUGACAAUGCUGAGGUCAAGGAAAGCGUUACACUGAACCCACGCUGUGUCCUCACUUCCCAGGUUGUAGUGGGCCCAGACAUCACGCUGCCUGAGGGCUCAGUGAUCUCUAUGCACCCUCCAGAUGCAGAGGAAGAUGAGGAUGAUGGCGAGUUCAGUGACGAUUCAGGGGCUGACCAAAAAAAGGAGAAAGUGAAGCUGAAAGGUUACAAUCCAGCAGAAGUUGGGGCUUCAGGCCAGGGCUACCUCUGGAGAGCUGCAGGCAUGAGCACAGAAGAAGAGGAGGAGCUACGGCAGAAUCUAUGGGGACUCAAAAUUAAUAUGGAAGAAGCAAGCGAGACUGAAAGUGAGCGAAGUAUGGAUUCUGAGGAGCUGGACAGCCGGGCAGGCUCACCACAGAUGGACGACGUCAAAGUUUUCCAGAAUGAAGUCUUAGGAACACUACAGCGGGGCAAGGAGGAGAAUAUUUCCUGUGACAAUCUGGUCUUAGAGAUCAACUCUCUCAAGUACGCCUACAACAUAAGCCUAAAGGAAGUGAUGCAGAUACUGAGCCACGUGGUCCUGGAGUUCCCCCUGCAACAAAUGGAUUCUCCACUUGACCCAAACCGCUACUGUGCCCUGCUGCUUCCUCUGCUCAAGGCCUGGAAUCCUGUUUUUAGGAACUAUAUAAAGCGUGCAGCUGACCAUUUGGAAGCGUUGGCAGCCAUCGAGGACUUCUUCCUGGAGCAUGAAGCUCUUGCUCCUUCCAUGGGCAAGGUGCUGAUGGCGUUCUACCAGCUGGAGAUCCUGGCUGAAGAAACAAUCCUGAACUGGUUCAGCCACAGGGAUACAACUGACAAGGGCCGGCAGUUGCGCAAGAACCAACAGCUACAGAGGUUCAUCCAGUGGCUAAAAGAAGCAGAAGAGGAGUCAUCUGAAGAUGACUGAAGUUGGGCUGCCUGCUCUGUGGACUGACUGCCCUCCUGGCUCCUGAACCAGGGCAAGUGAGGGGCUAAUUCAGAAGGAUGAGUAACCACCACCCAGGCUGAGACAGAGCAGAGGCUGGAACUACAGUAUUCUUCACACCGCCAGCAACUGUGUGCCUCCCAUCCUGACCGGGAAGUUGGGAUGAAGGAAGCUGGACUAAACAAAGCUUCUGCCUUCGGAGGAGCUAGGCAGGCCCUACAGUUAGAGGAAGGCCAGAGGAACAGCUUUGUGCUCUGGUUUUCCCUCAGGGAACAGCAGAAAGCAACUGGUCCUAUCUGCUGCUUGUAUUUGUUAAUAUUAAAAAAGGAGAGAGUUGUA